AUGGGCACCAAAAGAUCUUGGCAAGGCCAGCCUGUCACAAAAGACGCUGAUACUAUGACCUCUGAGACCACCAGCCCAAUAAUCUCCAUCUUCGAAGGCUUCCGCAAUGAGCUCGACCAACAUCACGACCGACGCGAGCGGAUCAUCAAGGCCAGCCGAGACAUCACCGCGCUGAGCAAGAAGAUGAUUUUCGCUCUCCAACGUGUUCGCGCUAUCAACCAACCCUUACCACCGAAAAUCGCUCAAGAAAACCAAGCCCGCCUCGACCAGAUCAAAGCCCUAUUUACCUCCAUCAUCCCAGAUGUCACAGGAAUCAAUGCAUGGCGAUACCAGCGCCAGAUUGGCGGUGGUAUCCAAGAAUUUAUCGAAGCAAUCUCAUUCGAUCACUACCUGCGUACACAAACGUUGAUUAGCCACGCCGAGGUGCAAGCCCAACUCCCCGCUGAGAUCCUCGUCACCGGAGAUGACUACGUGAUGGGCUUGUUCGAUUUGACUGGUGAGAUGAUGCGAUUUGCCGUGACAGCAUUGAGCUCUGGGAAUGCGUCAAAGCCGGAUGAGACCGAGGCCGAGUCUACAGACGCAACCCGGAAACUCCCCCAUCUUUCUGCUACACAGGCUGGGCUUGUUGUUGAUGUACGAGCUAUGCGGGCGGAGUUUGAGGCACUCAGUGUCCCGGCGCGGUCCAAUAUGAUGCGUGAUCUGUUCAAGAAGGUGGAUGUGAUGCAGAGCAGUGUGGAGAAAGUGGAACGGGCGGCAUAUGGUAUUUUGGUGCGUGGGAGCGAGCGACCGAGUGGAUGGACACCGGAUUUGUCGGCGUCAGUUGAGAUGGAGAUUCAUUGA